AUGGACUGGAGCUCCGUGUACGAGAACAGCGGCGAGGAGGCCGGCAACUGGGAGGACCACGGCGAGACGCGCUCCUCCCGCAACGCACACCGGCUGCUGCACCGCCAGGCGUCGCUGCCGCUGGCCAAGCAGCAGCAGGCGGCCGCGCAGUACUCGCCGUACGUGGCCUACGCCUUCACGGUCAACUACAUCCUGGGCGUGGGCUCGCUGGGCAUCCCCUACGCCUUCUACCGCGCGGGGCUCGUCAUGGGCAACGUCAUGAUCGUGCUGGUCACGCUGCUGUCGUACAUGACGGUCAUGUGGGUCUGCGAGACGGUGGCGCGCGCGAGAGAGGCCUUCGUCAUGAGCUUCCUGCUGGACGAGACGGCGGCGCUCAAGUCCUUCUCCUACUCGUACUCGUCCGCCAACUCCACGCCCUUGCCGUCCUCCUCCAGACGCAGCGCUGUGGUCGAGUACGACGACUUCCCCGAGGUCACGCAGCUCUGCGACCGGUUCCUGGGUUCCGUAGGCUCCAAGAUGUACCAGAUCUCGCUGCUCGGCCUCAUGUACGGAGGCCUGGUCGGCUACAGCCAAGUGUUCGUCAACACGUUCCUGACGCAGGUGGAUCACAUCGGGGACUGGGAGCUCUCCAGCGUCCACGCGGCCAUCGUGUUCGCCUGCAUCGUGGUGCCGCUCUCGUGCUCCGACCUCACGGAGCAGAUCUACGUCCAGCUGACCAUGUCGGUCGUACGCUUCGCUGCGCUACUGAUCAUGAUCUUCAGCGCUGCCUAUGCGGUCUACGGAGACCCGUACGACAGUGGCGCCACCCUGGAGUCCGCCCCCGAAUCAGCGCCGUACGUCAGUGACUUUUCGCUUGUGGAUCUCUCCGGAUUCGGUGUCAUGUUCAGUACGAGCGUGUUCUCGCAGUUGUUCCAACACUCGGUGCCGGGUUUGUUGGCGCCGCUGGGGGCGAAGAAUCAGGAGAAGGCGCCGGCGAUCUUCGGAAGCACGCUGCUGACGACCAUGGUGUUUUACAUCGCGUUGGGCUCCGUGUGCUCGCUUUACUUUGGACCGAAGCUUGCGACGAGUGUGAAUUUGAACUGGGCGGAGUUUACGUGGGGAAUCAACGAGUCUAUGACACUCGUGCCGUUGUGGGCAAAAUUGUUGUCGAUGAUCGUUGUGGUUUUCCCAGCUCUCGAUACGUUGAGCGUGUUCCCGCUCAUCUCGGUUACGCUUGGAGAUAACAUGGCCGCUGUGUUGCCCAAGCGAUGGACGCGGGGUGGCAGGAGGUCUUCCUGGAAACUCUUGUGCCGAUUUGGUGCCGCCCUGCCGCCGCUGCUCAUUUCGAUGUUUGUUUCGGACCUGUCAGUGACGCUGCAAAUCAGUGGGCUGAUGGGCAUCUACGUGGCAUUUUUUGCGCCGGCGCUGUUGCAGUUGCAAGCGAGUCGUGAAAUCUCAACCAGCAACAUUUACAGCGGCAGAUUUAGUGGAGUGGGCUAUGUGCAUGGCGUGCUCGUAUUUGGAAUGAUGGCAUUACUCGUAUUGCUCUACCAGCUAGUGCUCCAGAUCGCUGGGUGA